GGGAUGAGCGAGAUCGUGAGUCCCUCUCCCAGAGCUUGAUCAGGCAUCAUGUCCCUUCGCACCAGCGUCGCCCGGCUCCUCAGGAAGCAAGCCGGCUCCUCCGUGCAACUCCCGCGGAGACCGGCGCAUUCGGUGGCCCUCAUCGGAGCGCCUUUCUCGAGGGGGCAGAAAAGAAGCGGAGUCGAUCGUGGUCCUGCCGCCAUCAGGAACGCGGGGCUGGUGGACAAACUCUCGGGCUUGGGUUGCCAAGUAUACGAUUUUGGAGACCUCAGUUUCACUCAAGUGCCCAAUGAUGAAGUCUACAACAACAUAAUUAGAUACCCACGUUCUGUAGGGUCAGCUAACCAAGUUCUGGCUGACACUGUGCAUGGGGCUUUGGCUGCUGGGCAUAGCUGUGUAACCCUUGGAGGCGAUCACAGUUUAGCGAUGGGUUCCAUUAGUGGCCAUGCAAGGCAAUACCCGCACCUGGCUGUGAUUUGGGUUGACGCACAUGCUGAUAUUAAUACUCCACUCACAACCAUGUCUGGAAACCUCCAUGGACAACCAGUCUCAUUUCUCUUAAGAGAACUUCAAGAUAAGGUGCCAUUACUUCCUGGAUUUUCAUGGCUGAAGCCCUGCCUCUCACAAUCUGAUAUUGUCUAUAUUGGCCUGAGAGACGUGGAUCCUGCUGAACACUAUAUUUUGAAGAACUAUGACAUCCAGUAUUUUUCAAUGCGUGAUAUUGAUCGUUUUGGGAUCCAGAAAGUCAUGGAAAGAACGUUUGAACAUCUUUUGGGCAGACAGCAAAAGCCAAUCCAUCUGAGUGUUGACAUUGAUGCAUUUGACCCAGCCUUGGCUCCGGCAACAGGGACUCCUGUCAAGGGUGGCUUAACAUACCGUGAAGGCAUGUAUAUUUCAGAGGAAGUACAUAAUACAGGCCUACUUUCUGUUGUGGACAUCGUAGAAGUAAAUCCAUUGCUUGGAGUUUCACAGGAUGAAGUGAGUGCAACAGUUAAUCUUGCAGUAGAUGUGGUUGCUACAUGCUUCGGUCAGACACGAGAAGGCGCACACAUAGUUUUUGAGGAACUCCCAUCACCCAGUUCUCCAGAUGAAUCUGACAGUGAAGAGCAAGUACGGAUUUAGGACAUGGAUGGGUAGACAUAAUCUUCAUAAUGGGCAUUAUACAGCUCUGCUGAACUCCUCAAAUGGACAGGCCUCCCACUGACUGUACUGCAUUCUGGUUUUGUACAGAUUAGUUAAUUUUUUGUUGCAUAACUAAACUGCUGUAUUAAGAGUUAGACAACCACACUGUCAGCUUAGAAAUAUUUAUUACUUUAUGUUGCAAUUAUACAGUCUUAUCAACACUUCACUGCACCCUGUCUUUUUUCCUAGCCAUGCUUCCUUCCAGUAGUAAUGCACUGUUGUCUGAUGAACAUGUUGCCUUGACCGACAGCACAUCUAUAUAGUCUUUCAGCUGCAAUGCAUAAUCCACCCUUUUCAGCCUGUGCUAAAGAGCUCCUGCUUGGCAGUGUCUGUAUAUAGUCCUUGAGGUGAUGGAAGACAUGCUGGCAGAAAGGUGUCUUGAAAUUUCAGCUGAAGAACUUGUAGUAGACAAUGCCUGCCAGAAUGGCUAGUUCCAGAAUGAUAAUGAUGGAGAGCAGCAGCUUGUUUGUCAUAAGUCUAAACGGAGAAAUAAGACAUUAAUGUGUAUAUCUUUAAA